AUGGAAGUACCAGAAUGGAUUGAAUUUCUGCUGAAAUCCCUUAAUUCCCAAGAUCAAGGUUUGCUCUGCAACUGUCUUCUAUCUAUUUGGACAAGUCGUAACCAUCUCAUCUUUGAGAAUAUAGAAGAAUCUUCCAUGGAAGCAGUUGAUCGGACAAGAAGAAAGCAUGAGGAGUUCCUGUUUGCUCUGAGAAUUACUGAUGCCGAGAUUCAAUCACCACCUCCUGACUCCAAUAGCUCCGAAAGAUGGAAUUGUCCACCUACCAAUACCAUUAAAAUAAAUGUGGAUGCAUCUACUUCAGAGAAUGGUUUGGUUGGUAUAGGAAUAGUGGCAAGAGAUAAUUUUGGUGCCAUUUUAAUGGCUAGCACGUGGAAAGGGGACUUAUCCCUCAAUUCCCAAGAGGCUGAAGCAUUGGCUUGCUUAAUGGGUUUAGAAAAAGCCCAACAAUGCUGUUUUUUUGAUGUCAUUGUGGAGAAUGAUAAUAUAGAAGUCAUUCAAAGCCUCAGACUCAACAAGAGGCAAAAUAAUUAUUUUGAGUCUUUUAUUGUUGACUGUUUUAAUUUAGUAACUAGUUUAAGAUCAGUAAAGUUUUCUCAUGUGAAAAGAAGUGGUAAUAGGGUAGCUCAUGAAUUGGCUAAAAUAGCUCUUACCAAUCCAAAUGAAGUGUGGAUGGAAGAUGCUCCAAGCAAUAUUUGUAAUCUUGCUUUUUUGGACAUUAUUAGUCCUAUUCAUGAAUGA